AAAAAGAGGUUAAAUAUUCCUAACUCCAAGGACGAAACUUUCCUCUACAAACAAGCAUUCCUACAUUCGUCUCCUUUCCCACACGUAUAAGUAAAUAUCUUCCUUUUACCAUGAUCCUAAAAAAAAUCACUUCCUUCCCUCCAACAUAGCCAAACAUGGCCUUGGCCAAUUUUCUGCUUCUUCUACUUUCACUUUCAUGUUGUUCUUAUGGGGUUACUUCCUCCCAUUCCAUUCAAUCCAUGGUUACACAAACUUGCACUGAUAUCGACGACCGGAAUUCGUGCCUUGCGAAUGUGCAAGCCGAGCUCCAAAAAACGGGGCCUCAAAUUCAAGAUUCGGUGUCGAUCAUAACUGCUGCUCUUAGGCACACGCUCAAUGAAACAAAAAAUGCAAUCCAAAUGAUAACAAAGUUCAACUCUUUGUCCAUAAGUUACAGGGAGAGUGUAGCAAUUGAGGACUGCAAGGAGCUCCUGGACUACUCCGUCUCCGAGUUGGCUUGGUCUCUGGGCGAAAUGAUCAAAAUCCGCGGUGGCGACACAAAUGUUCACUACGAAGGAGACUUAAAAUCUUGGCUUAGUGCUGCCCUGAGUAACCAAGAUACCUGCCUUGAGGGUUUUGAAGGAACCGACCGACGCCUCGAAAGUUUCGUUAGGGGAAGUUUGAAGCAAGUGACGCAGCUCAUUGGUAAUGUUCUUGCCUUGUACACUCAACUAUACAGCUUGCCCUCUCCUCCUGGGGAUCAUGGUCCCCCGAUGAAUAAAAGUUCGUCAGGGGAUGAUUUCCCGGCGUGGAUGAGUGAGGAUGAUAAAGCGCUGGUUAAAUCGAAUCCAAAAUCUGGUGCGAAGCAUGCUGUUGUAGCAGCAGAUGGGAGUGGACAGUACCGUACGAUCACAGAAGCUGUUAACGAAGCUCCAAACUACAGCCCUAGCAGGUACGUUAUAUAUGUGAAGAAGGGAAUAUAUAAGGAAAACAUCGAUCUGAAGAAGAAGAAAACCAACAUUAUGUUCGUUGGGGAUGGGAUCGGACAAACUAUCAUCACCGGUAACCGGAAUUUCAUGCAAGGAUGGACGACGUUUAGAACUGCAACAGUCGCGGUAUCCGGGAAGGGAUUCAUAGCAAGAGAGAUGACAAUUCGCAACACCGCCGGCCCUCAGAACCACCAAGGCGUGGCGCUAAGAGUCGACUCCGACCAGUCGGCCUUCUUCCGGUGCAGCAUUGAGGGUAACCAAGACACCCUCUAUGCUCACUCCCUCCGGCAGUUCUACCGGGAAUGCAGCAUCUACGGCACCAUAGACUUCAUAUUUGGCAACGGAGCUGCAGUCCUCCAAAACUGCAAAAUCUACACAAGGGUCCCACUCUCGCUACAAAAGGUCACCAUCACCGCCCAAGGUAGGAAAAACCCGCAUCAGAACACCGGGUUUACGAUCCAGGACAGUUUUGUUCUGGCGACCCAGCCAACUUAUUUGGGCAGGCCGUGGAAGGAAUAUUCCAGGACUGUUUACAUGAACACUUACAUGAGCGGGCUGGUCCAGCCCAGAGGGUGGCUCGAGUGGUAUGGGGAUUUUGCUUUGAGCACCUUGUGGUAUGGUGAGUAUAGAAAUUAUGGGCCGGGUGCGGGUCUCGCGGGUCGGGUCAAAUGGCCUGGUUACCAGAUACUCAAGGAUGCCGCCGCCGCGAGCUUCUUCACUGUUGGGAGGUUUAUUGACGGGAGGGCUUGGUUGCCGUCGACAGGUGUCAAGUUUACAGCGGGUUUGAGUAAAUAA